CAAAUGCACUUUGACAAAGACUCACUCUCUUUCUUUUUUUAUUCCUUUAUCCCUCUCUAAAGGUUUAUUUGACAUUCAUACAAGGAACAUUACAAAGCUUUUUGCUCAGUGGCUAUACCAAAAAGAAAAGACUAAACACCAAGAAUUUCAGAUAUUGCAUCAAAUCUUGUUAGCCUUCAAGGCAACCUCACUGUUAUGGAAACUCAUCAUCAUCAUCAGCACCAAAAGAACACAGAAAACGAUGUACAAAAGCAACAACAUCAAAUUGAAGAAGAAGUAGCACCACCACCACCACAGUUAAGGCAACAAGAAAAUACAGAACUAGACCAAAUAGCAUCAUCAUCACCACAAUCUUCAACACCCUCUUCCCCUUCUCAAGAGUUUUCCUUCACAAUCUCUCUUCACCACUCCACAUUAUUCCCAUCUGAUAACUCCAAAAACCCACCUAAUUCAUCAUCUCUUGCACUUGAUUUAUCUCCUGCUGAUGACAUUUUCUUCCAUGGUCACUUGCUCCCUCUACAACUCCUUUCACACCUUCCUUCUUCGCCGCCUCGCUCUUCGACCAAUUCCAUGGACAGCUUCCCCCUCCCCAUCAGAGAGUUAUUAGAAGAUGAAAAUCACUCCAUUAAGGACACUAGUGGCAGCAGCAACAAUAGCACCUCAGACAGCAAUAACAGCAGCAAAAGAGACCAAGACAACAACAACAACAUAGGAAAAAAGGUACAAGGUAAGUCCAAAUUUUCUUUUUCAUUAUUUGGAUUAACCAAGGGCCACAAAGGGUACCAAGAUAAGGAAGAUAAAGUGAAGCACAAGAACAAGGUGAGGUUUGAUGUGAUCCAUGCAAUAAAAAAGUACUUGAGAAUGGUCCAGCCUAGGAUGCUUUUCAAAGGACAAAGAGAGAAAAUUAGGCCCCGGGGACAGUGCUAUUCUUAUUCAGGAAAUGUAACUCCGAAGAAUUAUAAGCUGCAGGAUUGGAGAGGACAAUAUUCAGCACCGGCAUCAAUGAGGACUUCUCCUACAAACAGUGGUUUAUUGAUUGCAACCACGCCUCUUCCUCCUGCUAGUGACAGUACCAUGGAAGAGUUGCAAGCAGCCAUUCAAGCUGCAAUUGCUCACUGCAAAAAUUCAAUUGCAAAAGAAGAGAAUCUCAAGUGCUGAUUUUUUGUGUUUCCCUGCAUAUCUUGUUUCAGAGACAAUCUUGUUCAAGACAUGUCCGACACUUAAUGUGUACGUCUCUCUCAAUGAACCAUGAUCUGCCAGCUUGUUGUGAAGGACUAGUUACUUUUACUAGAUCCAAAUUCUGUUGGUUAAAACGCAAAAUCAAGUGCUGAUUCAUGGAUAGGAGAAGAUUUUUUUUUUCCCCUUGAGUUUUAUUUCCUACCUUUGAUUUUGUAUGUGGUAUUUACGUAAUUGUGUACAUAAAAAAAAAUGUACCAUAAUAAUGUGAUUAAAAAAACCACAAUUGGAAAUAAUAUCUCAAAUAUUAUUAUCAGAUUAAGUUAUAGAAUCUAGAGCAACUUGUAUUAUAUUAUUAUAGUAUGUAUGAAUUUUUGGAAGCUUCAGCUA